AUGGCAAAACGCUCAGUCCUCAUCACGGGAUGCUCGUCUGGCGGCGCUGGAUAUCACAUUGCCCUAGAAUUGGCAUCCCGCGGAUGGCGUGUUUUCGCAACAGCGCGAUCCACCAAAUCUCUCUCUACUCUGGAAGAGAAGGGAAUCGAGACCUUUGAACUUGAUGUUACGAAGGCAGAGAGCAUCGAUUCCUUGAAGGAUGAGAUAGUGCAUAGGACGGGCGGAAAAUUAGACAUGUUGUUCAAUAACGCUGGAAUAAGUACAUACCACCUUCUCUUCGUGUAUGAAGCUCCGGCAAUCGAAGCAGAUGCCACUUGCAUCCGCAAUAUGUUCGAUACCAACGUGUUCGGUUUGUUCGACAUGGUUAAAGCAUUCACCCCUCUUCUGCUAUCCUGCAAUGGAACCAAAUACACACCACCGGUGAUCAUCAACACAGCAUCGGUACUCGCCCGUCUGCCUUUUGUAUUUUCAUCUGCAUACAACGCAUCGAAAGCAGCCGUGGCCACGUACAGUGACACUCUCCGGAUUGAACUGGAACCCCUGGGCAUUAAAGUUGUGACGUUAUUCAUGGGUGAGGUUUCCACGAAGCUCAUGUCUCCUGAUAACGUCUCCUUUGUACCCGGGAGUCUCUACAGUGAUGUUUUAGAGCGGACCAAGGAGAGAAGUCGAAACCAUGCCGACAACAGCAUGUCACCGGAGAUCUUCGCUAGACAGGUGGUCGAUCAGAUACUGACCCAGUCUCCCGAGCUCGGAAAAGGAGAAUAUAUGUGGAAAGGCACUAAUGCGUGGGUGGUUUGGCUCCUUAACGCCGUGGGAUGGAGAAAGAUAUUCGACGGCCUAGUCAAAAGGAUGGUCGGUCUGGACAACCAGCAGAUCCAGAAGGCUAUUCUCCAAAAGGCUCGGGCCUCUGUGAGUCGGGCGUCGGAUGUCUAG